AUGGCUUCCUUUGGCAACGAGAAGUACUCAGGCGAGGCUGACGCCGACCGCAUUGAACCUCACAACCCCUUCGCUACACCAGGAGCGCAAACACCAAACACACUCACUCCCCGUGGCUCUCACCAGAACUCGAGGUCAGUCAGCAGAGAUGGCUCCAGUUCUGCCUACCGCAGUGCAAACACCCCGACCUACUUCCGUUCUCGACGAGUGAAGAAGGGCGAGGUCGAGAAGCCCUGGCUCGACAGGAAAGACCCAAGGGAGAAGUGGGUCACCAUCAUCCCCAUUGCCGGUCUUGUCCUCGGUCUCAUCAUCACUUGCAUCCUCAUCUGGGAUGGUGUUCGAAGUGUAGCCGUCCACAAGUACUGCCCAGUCUACACCGACGACUUCUCCUCGUGGAACGAGAACGUCUGGACGAAAGAGGUCGAAGUUGGUGGCUACGGCAAUGGUCAGUUCGAUGAGACGACCAACACCGAAGAGAACGUCUUCAUCAAGGACGGCGUCCUCGUCAUCAAGCCCACCCUGCAGGACGAUAGCUUGAUCAACAACGACAACGUCAUUGACCUCCGUGGCAACGGCUGCACUGGCCCCAAGUGGACCGACUGUGUUGCGGUCACCAACACCACCAACGGCACAAUUGUCAACCCUGUCAAGUCUGGACGCAUCAACACCAAGCUUGGUGCUUCCAUCAAGUACGGUCGCAUCGAAGUAGAGGCCAAGCUCCCUGCUGGCGACUGGCUGUGGCCCGCUAUCUGGAUGUUGCCCAAGGACAACGUCUAUGGCGAGUGGCCCCGCUCUGGUGAGAUUGACAUCAUGGAGUCUCGCGGAAACAACUACACGUACUCCCAGGGUGGAAACAACAUUGCUUCCAGCACCCUUCACUUUGGUCCCGACACAGCCAACGAUGGCUGGUGGCGUAACAACGUCAAGCGCAAGGCUCUGCACACCACGUACGCCGCUGGCUACAACAUCUUUGGUGUCGAGUGGUCCGAGAAGUACAUCUUCACCUACAUCAACACACGUCUUCUGCAGGUCAUGUACACGCACUUUGACGAGCCCUUCUUUGAGUAUGGUCGCUUCCCCCUGGCCGACAGCAACGGCACGCGUCUUGACAACCCUUGGGCGGCCACUGGCAGCAACACGUCGCCCUUCGAUCAGGACUUCUACCUCAUCAUCAACGUCGCUGUCGGUGGAACCAACGGCUGGUUCGAGGAUGGCAAGUCAGCCAAGCCAUGGCUCGACGGCUCCAGUACGGCCAAGAAGGACUUCUGGCAGGCCAAGGACCAGUGGUACCCUACGUGGGAGAAGAAUGGCCAGAUGGAGGUUAAGAGUGUGAAGAUGUGGCAGCAGUCUGGUUACAACGGUUGCAACGCGUAG